AUGUAUAAACAGCCUAAAGUGAAUAUUUAUUCCUUAAAAUUGGAAGAGCUUACAGAGGUGUUUUCUUUCUGUUCCCUAUUUGAUUUUUAUUCAAUAUCAUUGACUUGUAGAGAUUGGUGUGAGGUUGUUAGUGCAUCAAUGUCUGAUAAUAAAUUUGCAAAGAGAUAUUAUGGUUUAACGAGAGACAAUAUGAUUCCUCUCCUCGGACCAGAAGUAAUUUAUCAAGAAGAUGAUAAAGCUUGUCGUCAAGAAAAGAUUUCCAAGUUUUUAUUCAAUUGGGUUGAUAUUGUGGAAGAAAAGUAUGAAAAUGAACUUUGGAUGAAAGGGUUUAAAGAAUUAAGGAAGGAUUUUCAAAUUUCUACUGAAGAGCAAGUUGAUAUGGAAAUAGUAUAUAGAAGAGUUGUUAGAUUAACAGGAGAGCACAAGUAUAGAAAUUGGACAGCUUUCAGUUUAAUUUUAAAUGGUGUUAGAAUUCCAUUGUUUGCAACUCUUGGAAAAGUACAUGGUGAGAUUAGAUAUUUAUUUGUUAUGGCUUUCUUUGAUGAAGAUGAUAACAUUACUUAUGAUAUUGAAAAUGCAGUUAGAACUGAAGAGGCUUCUUUUUAUCAUGAAUUUAGUGGAGUUGAUGCAUCAAAAUAUGCUAGAAACUUUAAAUGGAUUCUAAACAGUUUUCCAAAUUAUAUUUCUCAGAAAAGAUUUGGUUUUGAAUUAUUCCUAUCAGUGUUAGAGGGUUAUUUGAGACAAAUGGAUAUUAAUCCAUUGUCGAAACGUCAUUAUCAAGGAAAACCACAUACAUCUCACAAAACUGACUUUUAUAUUAUUAAGAAAAUGGAUACUUUUGUUUCCUUUUGGCCUUUACAAGAAGAUCAAUACGAUGUAAUAUCAAUGCAUGGAAGAGUUGUGGCUUCAAUUUAUCACAUUAAGAAAUUCUAUGAUAAAGGAAAGACUUUUGGAUAUACUUAA